AUGCCAACAGCGGAACCCAUUCCUCAAGAAGCAGCAAGGGAAGAGAUAGAUUUGAAUGAGACGGCUAAGAAACAAGGCUUAAUGACUGAUGACGAAUUUCAGGCAAUUUUGGAUGGAGUAAAUCAGAGGGAAGAUGAUACUACCACGAUGGUUGAGGAUUUGGACCUCACAUCUAGGGCAGUAGGAGAGGAAGAGCCAGAGUUAGAAACUCCCCAGACAGAGGUGGGGGAGAGUGAUGAGCAUAUAGAGGAAGAGUUAGUACCAAGAGCGGAGGUACCAGAACCAGUAGCACCUCCGAGGGCAGAGAGGCCGAAGCCAGAGAGGGAACCCGAAGAAGAGAAAGACGAGGAUGAUGGAGAGGAAGCUAGAUAUCAGGAAGAAAGGAAGCGAAAAGGGAAAGCUCUUAUAAAGAAGAAACCCAGUGUCAAGAGGCAGCGCACAGCAAAUACAGGCGUAGUCAUAACUGAAGCCGUUCAGAGAACCCCACCAAGCCGCAGGGAACAGAGUGAUAGCGAAUACGCUAUCACUGAAGAGUCGGACUCAGAUAGCGACAUAUCCUUGGAGAAUGAGGAGUGCAGUGAGCAACAACUCCCGCGCAAUCAUCGGGAGCUAGUGCACCCCCCGGUAGAGAGACUGCGGUACCGGCACUGGGCAGUAGACCUUACUGACGAUCUGGUGGAGGAAAUGAAGUUAUUCGACUCUAAGAAGCUAAGGUCUUCGAUGGCAAGGAUGAAGGGAGAGUUGGAAACGGGGAAGCUAGUGAGAGAAGCCGGACCGAGUGGCCACGGCCGAACUAAUGAACCACGAGUAUCAGAGGAGGUAGUACCCGAGACGGAAGAAGCAGAGCAGAAAGAAGAAGCGGAACAAGAAAAAUCUGAGGAAGAACCAUCCGGAAACGAGGAAGAGGAGUUGAAGGAACCACCUGCACCAGUCCCUGCACCGAGGAGAAGUAGGAGAAAUGUGUGA